GGGCCCUUCUUACUCCCGCGGCGGGUCGACCGCGUGUGCUCAGCUCUUCUCCUGUGCUCUAGGUGCCCGUCGCCGCCGCAGUUAUCGCCAUGGCCCCCGCCGCCUCAGAACUGAAACUUGGUAAAAAAGUUAAUGAAGGUAAAACGAAAGAAGUGUAUGAGCUGCCGGAUAUCCCGGGAUGCGUUCUGAUGCAGUCCAAGGACCAAAUAACGGCGGGGAAUGCCGCCAGGAAGGACCGGAUGGAGGGGAAGGCUGCCAUCUCCAACACCACCACCAGCUGCGUGUUCCAGCUGCUGCAGGAAGCAGGAAUCAAAACAGCUUUUGUCAGGAAACAGAGUGACACCGCUUUCAUAGCAGCUCACUGUGAAAUGAUCCCAAUUGAAUGGGUCUGCAGAAGAAUUGCUACUGGCUCUUUCCUCAAAAGAAACCCUGGUGUCAAAGAAGGCUAUAAGUUUUACCCACCUAAAAUUGAGAUGUUUUACAAGGAUGAUGCUAAUAAUGAUCCACAGUGGUCUGAGGAGCAGCUAAUUGAAGCAAAAUUCUCUUUUGCUGGACUUACUAUUGGCAAGACUGAAGUAGAUAUUAUGGCUCGUUCUACUCAAGCUAUUUUUGAGAUCCUGGAAAAAUCAUGGCAGCCCCAAAACUGCACUCUGGUGGACCUGAAGAUUGAAUUUGGUGUUAAUAUUUUGACCAAAGAAAUUGUUCUUGCUGAUGUUAUUGAUAAUGAUUCAUGGAGACUGUGGCCAUCAGGAGACAGAAGCCAGCAGAAGGACAAACAGUCCUAUCGAGACCUGAAGGAAGUGACUCCUGAAGCACUGCAGAUGGUUAAGAGAAACUUUGAAUGGGUUGCAGAAAGAGUAGAGCUGCUUCUGAAAACAAAGAGCCAAGGUAGAGUUGUGGUAUUGAUGGGAUCUACUUCUGACCUUGGCCACUGUGAGAAAAUAAAGAAGGCAUGCGCAACCUUUGGAAUUCCUUGUGAGUUAAGAGUAACCUCUGCUCACAAAGGGCCGGAUGAAACUCUGAGAAUCAAAGCAGAAUAUGAAGGAGAUGGAAUCCCAACUGUGUUUGUUGCAGUAGCUGGCAGAAGCAAUGGUUUAGGACCAGUAAUGUCUGGUAACACUGCUUAUCCUGUUGUCAACUGUCCCCCCCUCUCAUCUGACUGGGGUGCUCAGGAUGUGUGGUCUUCUCUCAGACUGCCCAGUGGUCUUGGCUGUCCUACUACUUUGUCACCUGAAGGAGCUGCUCAGUUUGCUGCUCAGAUUUUUGGGUUGAACAACCACUUGGUAUGGGCCAAACUGCGAUCAAACAUGUUAAAUACAUGGAUCUCCUUGAAACAGGCUGACAAAAAAUUGCGGGAGUGCACCUUGUAAGUCCAACAAGUAAUUACUCCUAGCUAGGCAAAGAUAAGGGUGUGCACAUGCAUUUGCAUCAGGAUUUGCAGUUGUAUGAUGUGAGAAAUCUUUUCAUACAGAAGGAAGCAUCUUUAGGGCAGCAGAUAAGUUUGCUGUGUCCUCAUCCCUCUUAUGUAUUUUUUUUUUUUUUUUUUUUAGUAUAACCACUUAGUAAAAGAUGAGAAUAUUUUAGACAUCUUUCUGUAGUUGCAAAAUAGUGCUGUUCUGCUCUUUAGUGUAUACUGUUAACUACUGAUGAUGGUUUUGUCAACAUAAUUUGUGUGAUUUAAAUAGAAAUCCAUUUUUUUUUCUGUAAAAGUAACAUUUUUACAUAGUAAUAAUGUAUGUCCUGAAGCUUAUUAACUCAAUGGGACUGCUAACUAAAACUAGUGCUGAUACUGUUCUGCUUGUAAUAAUGGUAUGCUUUCUUUUAGCAAUAAAAUGGCAACAUGCUGUAUUAAUAAGAAAAUAGGCUAAAAAUGAGUAAGAGCCUGAAAGAAAUAAUUGCCUUAUUUAAAAAAACAUAUAUUUUUUCAUGUGUACAUGUGUGUAUGUAUAUACACCCCAUCAAUAACUUUAUUACAUAACUUCUCAAAUUAACAGUUCUCUUGUUUGUGACAAACUCUAAUUUUGAAUGGAACCAUAACUAGGCUUGUUGCCUACUUGCUGUAUAACUCUUGACUAGUCCAGUCUUUGCCCUUCAAAUAUUAGGCAGAUCUACUGUGGAUGUAUGUGAUGCUGUCAAAUUAUCCUCAUACACAUCAAAUGUAUCUAUAUUCCCUCAUUCUGUUUCCAUGGGAGAUAUACUGAACUGAAGGUGGGAACAAAUAGUAAAGCAACAGAAUACCAGGGGCAAGCCUAAGCAUGACUGUCUUGUCUUUGCACAUAACAUUCUUCAAAAUAGGUACUGAUUCCAAGAAAUAUGCAAUUACUCAAUGUAUGUACAACUUAUGCUUUUAUAAUUAAAUAAACUAUUUAAUUCAAA